GCGAAGACAGCGAUGGCCUCGUCACCAAGUCCAGAUCAACGCGAUCGCGCCGGAAAAUGCCCUGGGAGAAGACGCCAGAGGUGCACGACGAAGCUGAGCUCACAAUGACGGGCGCUCUACCAGCUGAAGCGCAACAGACCCCCGUCGCAUCAAGCCAUAAUCGCACACCCGUCUCAAGCGCAUCUAAGCGAGCGCGCACAGCGAGGAGUAGCGCGAGGAAGUCUACGGGCCACACGUCGCCAGCUGGAACGGUAACUGCACAAGAUGCUGAGGCUGGAAGCCCCCAUGUAGAAGAGGACAGUGGCUUUGGCGACCUGACUUUCUCUUCGCUCGGGUCAAACUCGCCGGCUCACGGCACACGUCCACCCUCCGCUAUCAAGGUUGGCGCGACACCUGCACACGAAACAUCUAUACUAGCCUUGACCAACUUCAAGCGGAGAGCCCGACAGCCAAGUUUGCUGCGCAUGGUGCAGCAGACGACAGAUGUCGAAGACAAUGACGAAGACAGUCUGGACAACACGGAGAAUCUGGACUUUGACGACUUCCUCCCACACGCCGAAUCAACGCCCCUGAAUGUGCGAAGACAUGUGCCCGAGGAAGAGACACGGAAUGAUAGUGGCACCCAUGUCUCAAGCUCCGGCUCGCGUGGCAGGAAGCGCAAAUUGACUCCAGUGGUUCAAGUACCACAAUCCUCGCCGCCAGCCAGCCCCCAGUCUGACAGGGGCUCAGAGUCGCCAAGGUCUCCUUCUCCCAGCUUGCCAGAGGUUGUGCCGUCGCGUGAAGAGGUUGUUGAGCAAUCUCAAGAGGAUCAGGAGCCUAUGAGCGAGACGUUGGCAUCUCCCAUGUCGAGCACUCCGUUGCGCCAACUAUCAAGACCCCCGCCAUCACCUACACAAGCCCGACCACGCCGUCGAGGACGCCCGGCCAAAACACCUGUUGACGACGACGAGUCCGAUGGCGAAGAGACCGAGACGCCUGCCAAGGCCAAACGGACGUCGAGGAAAAAGGCAGAGCAGAGCAUUUCGACGGCGCAACUCAAAGAUCUGCUGCCUCGUCGACGCAAUCGCUUACGUGAUCGAGACGAGUUCGAUCUGGAGUCUUCAGAAAGUGUUGAGCAAGUCGACUCGGACGAAGACGAGUUACAAAUGCCCCAGCGAAGGAUCCGUCAGCGGCAAGGAGCAGGAAGACUGGUAUCGCCAAAGGCAAGCACAAAAACAGGGCGAGGGAAGAAGACAGCACCAGGAAGAGCAUCAAAGGCAGCGCAAAAGGCAAGCAGGACGUAUAGCCGCAGGAUCUCUUCUGACAAAGAGAACGAGGCGGCUGCUCAGAACGAGGCAGAGACGACCGAGGUGUCUGCGAUUGAGCAUUCGGAGAAGCUGGCAGCGAUAAGAAGGAAGUUUGAGGAGGUCGAUGCCUUUGAGCUGGAGUUUGAAGACGUGGACCCAACUACCAGCUCCAGUCCGUUUCGAUGAGAGCACAUGUCGUCUAGCCCCCGGUCUGCUUUGUUUCGGCCUUGUUUCGUGGUAUGACGACUGAUGAUUGCUUUUGUGGGCUCGGUGCAUGAAAUAGCGAGGCGUUGGGUCCAGGGCCAUGCAAGCCAAGUCAAUCACAUAGCAACAGCAUUUUCUGCAGCGUUAGCUGCAACAUUCAUAUCAGUCGUGCUCUGGUGGUCACGUCUUUCGUUCAGGGGCUCAAAUUGCAAGACCAAGUCGGCAGGAUAGACUCUUGUUUGCUCUAGAAGACAGGUUAGGAAUCUGUCGUAGGUUGGUUGCGCCAAGCCUUGCCACAUAACGAACGCCAGAGCCGCCAGAACGCCAGAACAGCCAGUAUCGCGUAACGGCCAGUUGAAUGUAACAGCGAAAGCUGAAGCCGUUUUCAGCCCUACUACGGGCUGCAGGAAUGCUUAUAGCUGCAAAUGCGAA